CCAUCUUCCUUUCCACGCCGCACCUCACUGUGGUCGCGUCGUCAACAUGCCUCCCAAAAAGGAUACGAAGGGAAAGUCCGACCCGGCCAAGUCCGGUAAGAAGAAAGAAGGAUCCGGAGGAGGCAAGGCCAAGAAGAAGAAGUGGUCGAAAGGAAAAGUUCGCGACAAGCUUAACAACCUUGUUUUGUUCGACAAGGCAACCUACGACAAGUUGCACAAAGAGGUGUCGGCAUACAAACUGAUCACCCCUUCAGUUGUUUCUGAGCGUUUGAAGAUUCGUGCGUCCCUGGCGAAGAAAGCCCUCCAGGAACUUCAGGAGAGCGGAGCCAUCAAGCUCGUGUCGAAACAUCACUCACAGAUUAUCUAUACGAGAACGACUAAGGCCGAGGAUGCUUGAAUAAAUCGCUCAUGAUGCUGGAA